GUGGCUGGCAACAUUGGACGCUUCUUGGCCGGGCGAGUGUUGUACACGUGCUUGAUGGUGUUUGUCAAGUGAAAUCGGCGCGCUCGGCCCUUUCUGCGUCAAAAUGACCCGUAAGAAGAUUGACAACAGACUGCGUGUUCUAAUCGAGAACGGGGUUCACACCGGGCACCGGACAAUGUUCGUUGUCGUCGGGGAAAAGGGACGGGAUCAGGUGGUCAUACUUCAUCACAUGCUCUCCAAGACGACGGUAAAGGCCCGGCCUUCUGUCCUCUGGUGCUACAAGAAGGAGCUUGGGUUCAGCACGCACCGGAAAAAGCGUAUGCGGCAGUUGCAGAAGAAGAUCAAGAGUGGGAAGCUGGACGUGAACGAGGAGGAUCCAUUUGAGCUGUUUGUUGCGGCCACAAACAUCCGCUACUGCUACUACCACGAGACGCACAAGAUCCUGGGCCAGACGUAUGGGAUGCUGGUGCUGCAGGACUUUGAGGCCAUGACGGCCAACGUGCUGGCACGCACCAUGGAGACCGUGGAAGGGGGCGGCCUGGUGGUGCUCCUGCUCCAGUCCAUCUCCUCCCUCCGGCAGCUCUACACCCUCGCCAUGGACGUGCACGCGAGGUACCGCACGGAGGCACACCAGGAGGUGGUGGGGCGCUUCAACGAGCGCUUCAUCCUGUCGCUGAGCUCGUGCGAGGCCUGCCUGGUGGUGGACGACCGGCUCAACAUCCUGCCCGUGUCCACGUCGGCUGCCGGCAUCGCCCCGGUCCCUCGGGCGCCCCAGGACCCGGAGGCGUCUGAGCUGGCGUCCCUGCGGGCGUCCCUGGAGGACAGCCAGCCCCUGGGGGCCCUGGUGGCCGUGUGCAGCACCUGCGACCAGGCCCGGGCCCUGCUCAAGUGCGUGGACGCCGUCGCGGAGAAGACCUUCCGCACCACGGUGGCCGUGACGGCCGCCAGGGGCCGGGGCAAGUCUGCCGCCCUGGGCCUGGCCGUGGCCGCGGCCGUGGCCUUCGGCUACUCCAACGUCUUCGUGACGGCCCCCAGUCCGGAGAACCUCAAGACCCUCUUCGAGUUCGUGCUCAAAGGCUUUGACGCGCUCAAGUACGAGGAGCACCAGGAUUACGAGGUGGUGCAGUCGAGCCAGCCGGAACUGAACAAGGCGGUGGUGCGGGUGACGGUGUUUCACGAGGAGCACCGGCAGGUGGUGCAGUGGGUGCACCCUGGGGACUCGCACCUGCUGGGCCAGGCGGAGCUUCUGGUGGUGGACGAGGCGGCGGCCAUCCCCCUGCCCCUGGUCCAGAAACUGCUCGGGCCCUACCUCGUCUUCCUCUCCUCCACCGUCAACGGGUACGAAGGCACGGGCCGCUCCCUCUCCCUCAAGCUCAUCCAGCAGCUCCGGCAGCAGUCUGCGGCCGGGGACGCUGGAAAGUCCUCCAGCGGGGGCCGCGUGCUGCACGAGGUGUCGCUCUCCGAGUCGAUCCGCUACCGUCCCGGGGACCCCGUGGAGGCCUGGCUCAACCGGCUGCUCUGCCUGGACGCCAACGUGCCGCCCGCCAGCGGCUGCCCGCCCCCUGGGGACUGCCAGCUAUUCUACGUGAACCGGGACACCCUGUUCAGCUACCACCGGGCCUCGGAGAGCUUCCUGCAGCAGGUGGUGUCUCUGUGUGUGGCCUCGCACUACAAGAACUCGCCCAACGACCUGCAGAUGCUGUCGGACGCCCCCGCCCACCACCUCUUCGUGCUGCUGCCACCCGUGCAGCCUGAUGCGAGGGCCCUGCCGCAGGUGCUCUGCGUGCUCCAGGUGUGCUACGAGGGCGGCAUCUCCCGGGCCAGCGUGUCGGACAACUUUGCUCGGGGCAGGAGGGCCCACGGGGACCUCAUCCCCUGGACCGUGUCCCAGCAGUUCCAAGACGAAGAGUUUGCUGGCUUGGCUGGGGCUCGCAUUGUGAGGAUUGCAACUCAUCCCGAAUACCAGAGGAUGGGGUAUGGCCUGCGGGCCUUGGAGCUGCUCACCGAGUACCACCUGGGCCACACCCCGAGCCUGGAGGAGGCGGAGGCCGCCACGCCAGGCGCUGCCGGAGCGGACGAGACAGGAGCGGAGGAGGCGGCGAGGGAGCGGCUGGAGCCCCGCAAGCGCCUGCCACCCCUGCUGCUGCGGCUGAGCGAAAAGCGGCCGGAGCGGCUCGACUACCUGGGGGUCUCCUACGGACUCACGGCAGACCUGCUCAGGUUCUGGAAGAAAGCCGGGUAUGUUCCGGUGUACCUCAGGCAAACUCCCAGCGAGCUGACCGGAGAGCACUCGACCAUCAUGCUGCGGUGCCUGCAGGAGGGGGCGCAGUGGCUGCCCCAGCUGUGGGCAGACUUCCGGCGCCGCUUCCUGUCCCUGCUGGGCUACCAGUUCCGGGUCCUGAAGCCGGCCACUGCCCUGAGCGUGCUACGCAACCCCCUCGAGGACUCCGUCCACCCCAGAGUGCCCUCCUUGGCGGAAGUGGAGCGGGAGUUCACGGCGUACGACCUGCGGCGCCUGGAGCUGUAUGCUCGCAACCUGGUGGACCACCACCUGGUGACGGAUCUGCUGCCGGCCCUGGCACGCAUGCACUUCCUCAAGGCCCUUGGGGAUGUCCACCUGUCUGCCGUGCAGUCCGCGAUACUGCUGGGCCUGGGGCUGCAGCACCGCACGGUGGACGAGCUGUCCCGGGAGCUGGACCUCCCGACCAGCCAACUGCUGGGCCUGUUCAACCGCACGGUGCGCAAGUGUGCCACUUUCCUCGGGGCCCUGCUGGAGAAGUCCCUGGACGCGGCACUGCCCCGUCCCUCGCCCGCUUUGCUGCCCCUCCAGCCCGUCGUGCAGUCCCUUGGCGACGAACUGAGUGGUGCAGCGCGGGAGAUCGAGGCCCGUCAGAAGAAGGAGCUGAAGAAACUUCAGCAGAUGGACCUGAGCCAGUACUCCAUCAAAGGCUCGGACUCCGAGUGGAAGGACGCGCUUCAGCAGCCCGGCAAGCAGCUUGUCAGCAUCAAGAGCAUCAACAAGCGACCCCAAGAAACAGACACGCCGGAGAAGCCACAGAAGAAGAAAAAGAAGCAGAAAUGAGGACAGUGUUUGCAACAUUUGUGCUCUGUAAAAUAAAUGCUAAAAAUGCCAA